GUGUCAGUGGGGGGAGGAAUAGUGCCCCAUCAUAGGUGUCAGUGGGGGGAGGAAUACUGCCCCAUCCUUGGUGUCAGUGGGGGGAGGAAUACUGCCCCAUCCUUGGUGUCAGUGGGGGGAGGAAUA